AUGGGGAGGAAAAAGCCCACAACCAAGGUGACAAAGGCGAAGCCGCCUAAACCUGACGCACCCUCUGCUCAAGCCAGCGGAGCAAGGACGAGAUCGCAGGGACCACCUCCAAAGGCGCCGACUCAGCAGCCUUGGCUACCCUCCGGAAGGCCGCGGCGCCAGGACCUUCGUCCAGUACAGGAUCCACAGGCUCCAGCGGCAAACGCAACACCUCCCACAGUGCGCCAGCCACCGCCGCGCGCACGUGCGCCAGCUGCAGCUCGCCAAAUUCGGGAUCGCGCUGGACAAUCUCCCGCGUCUGAAGAGCAUGAUGGAGCUGCUCCAACACAGCAGCCACGCCAGCCACACAACGGCAAAACUGCAACAGCCGCGAAUCAGGGGCGGGAUACGCCACCUCAGCAGGAGAAGCGCACCAGGGAGGGCCCCAACCACCAUCACGCGGGCGACGAGACCACGACACCCCCCAGGGAUCAGCAGGCGGACCAGGAGGCGCCGAUGGCGAUAAACGGGGAGGAGGAGGAGGGGGGAGGGGAGAAGGUACCGGCGGCGGCAGAGACUGAGGCCCCACAGGGGGGGGCGGCGGCGGCACCACAGGAGGCUGCAAGGGCGGCUGAGAUUGAGGGAGGGCAGACGGAGGACAUAGGGAGGCCUGCGCCGGCUGAGAGGGAGGCCCCUGAGGCGGAGGAACCGGUGGGUGGGGAACCGGCGGCAGAGACGGCGGCUGAGCCGCAGGAGGCGGCUGAAUCUGCGGAGGAUGAGAGGAUAACAGGGCCGCCGGCGCAGACAAAGGCUGCUGCUGUGACGAAGAAGAAGCCAGCGACGGCAACGGUCGAGGCGGCAGGGGCUGCGUCGAUGGUUGCGAGUGAGGCGCCAGUGGCACCUGCGACCAUGGGGCCUGAACCAAGGAUCGCGCCGACUGCAAGGCAAGCGACGGAGAUGGCCGGGGAGGGCGGCGGCGGCGGAAGGAUUGACCCCGGGCCCUUAGAUGCGGAUGAGUCCGCCCGCGGGGAGACCGAUAAAUCGGCUCACGAAGCGCAGACGAACCGGCGCGUGCCUGAGAGGAACCGCCGCCAGAAGCCGCGGCCGCAACAACAUCAGCGGCGGCUCGGAGAAGGGCUGGCACCUGCCCGACCUGGGCCCCUUGUGGGUUGGACGCAUCAGGCAGAUCCGCCCCAGGCAGUCGCCGAGGUGGAGGGCGGCGCCGACCAGUCAUCACCGCUGGAGAUCGCGGAAGAAGAGGCGGAGGCGCAGGAGGAGAGGGAGAGCGCCGCCGAAGAUGCAGAGGAGAGGAGGGCCGCGGCGAGACGCAGCCGCCACCAAGGGGGAACGAACCGGCAGCAGGCCCUGCGGGAGCAGGCCAACCGGAGAGCUGAAGGUCGACCGCCGGAAACCGUGGCGCCUGGGGCGGCAGCGCGAGGAGCGCGAGGAGUGCGAGGGAGGGGCCGAGGCAGGGGAGGAGGCCUGGGAAACUUGCUACUGCCUCACGAUUCCCCUGCUGCGGCUUUCCAAGAACCCGACCUGCCAAGGAGCCUGGCGAAUGUUGCUAUUCCUGCCCCGACUCACACUGAGAGCUAA